UCAGAACCGGCAGACGAAACUUUCUUUACGAGCGAUACGGUUGAAGCAAGAAACAGGACUAAACCACUCGGAGACGCAUUUGGAUUACUUUCAGCGACGCUUCCCUUCCAGGAAUCUAUCAUUUGCAGUUUCACUUUGAUGCGUUUGGAUUUGCUUACUAUUGAUUAUUCUGACAACAUCAUGACUCUGGAAGAAGUCGUUGGAAGCAAUAUUACUGAUCAGAAGAUGGAUGCUGUGAGUCAAGCCUUAGAAGAGCUGCUGGUAGCAGCGCAGAGACAAGACUGCCUUACAGUCGGCGUUUACGAAUCUGCAAAGCUAAUGAAUGUUGAUCCAGACAGCGUGGUACUGUGCGUGCUGGCCACUGACGAGGAGGACGAGGACGACAUCGCUCUUCAGAUCCAUUUCACUCUGCUGCAAGCUUUCUGCUGCGAGAACGACAUCAACAUCCUGCGUGUGUCUGGGCUGAGGCGCCUGGCACAGGUUAUCGGAGAGCCAAGCUCCAAGGAGAACAACAAUAACGGCGAACCCAGAGAUUUCCACUGCAUCCUAGUCACUAAUCCUCAGUGCCAGCCACUAAAAUGCCAAGCGCUGAAGGAAGUGGGCAACUACUGCGAUGAGAGCCGCUGCAGGAACCAGUGGGUGCCCUGCCUGUCACUGCGCGAGCGCUGAAGCACUGCGAGCUUCGAUCGCGCGGAAAAUCAUAACAAAACCGUCUGGUUCUGUGAGCAGCGGAAGGAAAGAAAGAGGCGAGGGGGGCUUUUUUCUUUUUGCCACUCUGCGUCAGCUACCGUUCAGCGAAGACGCUGGAGGAAACCUAAAGGAAAGUUCCUCGGGGCUGACGCGACCCAGUUUCGUCCUCCACUGUGAGGGAGCGUUGUCUUGCGGUGGUGGUGGAGAAGAAGGAGGAGGAGGAGGAGGACGCGGAGGAAAGAGAGAGAGAGCCGUAGGACCACGCGCUGUGGGGGGGGUGGGGUGGGGGGGGACUAAGUGCCCGCAUGCGCGCUGCGUAGGAGCGCGCGCACUCGGUUUCCCAUGAGCCAUGGACAGAAAUCGAGAGCGAGAGAGAACGAGAGAUUGACCGGCAUCUGUAGAAACCUCUCUGUAGGACACUUGCUGCUGGACUUCAUUGCUUAACAUUGCAAUUUCUCAUUUGUUGGACUAACCUCUUUAUGCUACUAUAUAGACAUGUGGAAUGCAGCUGCUUUUCAAUGACUGCAAAGAGGCCAGUGUUAAACAUGUAGAUGACUGAGUCACUGUGGAUAUGCAUACUAUGAAAUGUUUUGUAACUUAUUUCCCAUAACUUAAAAAAAGAGUAAUAUAUGUGUUUGAAUAUCAUGUGAAUGUCAAUUCUGUUGUCAAUAAAUUAUUUUGUGGAAGAUAA